AAGGAACAAUUUACAUUUAGAUUGUCUUUUAGAGAUGUUCUCAAUCUGAAUUUUGAUUUUAUAGGGCGAAGAUAACCAUCUACCGGGCAUCCCAAGGAUUCGAGUUGGGAAUAAAAACAAGAACAAGUACCCAGCAUUUAACUGGACCCUGCUCGAUGCCAUUUUUAAGAUUUUAGUGUUCAUUGCUUCAGCAUUUUUUGUUUGAACAUUAUAUUUAUAAAUAUACAGUCAAUUUGAAAUAUUAGAUAUAUAACACGUUAUGCUUUGAUUCCUUUGAAUAAUAGUAAUAUUCUUCUGCAUACUCUUAAGCAUAUUUAGCUGCAAACCUCAAUUUUAGAAUCUUACUGGUGGGCUUUUGAGCUCUGUAUUGAUGAAUGCUCUUCUGGUAAUAUAUAUGGCCACCCAGCAAUCAUAUGCAGUUGCUGAUUAUAUUUAGAUUCUUUGCACAGUUCAUUUAUUUAUCCACGUAUGCAUUAAUAUAAGUAAAUAUGUUUCCUUAAACUUAAUAUACAAGUUUUUAUUCCAGUUUAUUAGAAAUUUUGCUCAUUUGUGCUGGUGCAUGAUUUGGUACUAAACCAAAAUUUUUACUAAACUUAGAAGUUCAGAACAGGGGGAAAAAAAAAGUUACUUAUUGUUUCUGUUCAGGAAAUUGUGUUACCAUUGCUUUGGCCAUGUUGGUAUUUAGUGACUAAGGCUGGAAGCUGAUUUUAUGUAUAAUUCAUGUUGAUUAUUGUACUUUUGUAAUUGAAUAGUGAUGAACCUACCUCUCUUGAUUGGAGAUUGGGAUUAUACUUUGACUAGGCAUGUAAAGGUAUCGGGUGCUUAAUUUCUUGAUAUGAUGGUGAGUUGAUUUGAAGAAUCAAUCAAUAGUUUUCUGGCUUUAUUGGAAAUGGAGUUCCAUGUACAUGUGAGGAGAGCAUUGCUGUUGUUGAAUUUUUGUGUAUGGGUGUCUACGGAAGCCAUUGGCAUGACUAAAAAUGAUAGUGCUCCUUCUACACCAAGGGUGGUGAAUAUUGGAGCUUUGUUCACAUUCAAUUCGACUAUUGGACGAUCAGCAAAGCCAGCUCUUCUCGGGGCAAUUGAAUAUGUCAAUUCUGAUUCUACCAUUCUUAAUGGCACAAAGAUUAACCUCAUUCUGCAGGAUACUGAUUGCAAUGGAUUUCUUGGAACCAUUGAAGCUAUGCAGUUGAUGGGUAAAGGAGUGGUUGCUGCAAUUGGCCCACAGUCCUCUGGAAUAGCCCAUGUUAUUUCACAUGUCGUGAAUGAACUUCAGGUGCCACUUUUGUCAUUCGGGGCUACAGAUCCAACUCUUUCUUCUCUGCAGUACCCAUACUUCCUCCGUACUACGGUAAGUGAUCAUUUCCAGAUGUAUGCAAUUGCUGAUUUGGUGCAGCAUUUUGGAUGGAGAGAAGUAGUUGCCAUCUUUGUUGACGAUGAUUAUGGUAGAAAUGGGAUUUCGGUUUUGGAUGAUGCACUUAAUAAGAACCGUGCUAAGAUUUCUUACAAAGCUGCAUUGCCUCCUGGAGCUUCAAUAACUGACAUUUACAGCGUAUUGGUUGAAGUAAACUUGAUGGAAUCUCGUGUUUUUGUGGUACAUGUAAAUCCCGACUCUGGUCUUACAAUUUUUUCAUCAGCUAAGAGUCUCGGAAUGAUGAACACAGGUCAUGUUUGGAUUGCUACUGAUUGGCUUCCUUCUCUUCUAGAUCCUUUAGUAUCCACUAGUCCCAAUAGAAUGGAUUUUAUACAAGGGGUUAUUGCACUCCGCCGUCAUACCCCAGAUUCUGAUCUGAAAACAAAUUUUACUUCUUGGUGGAAAAAUUUGAAGAAUAAGGAAACCCUGAACUUUAAUUCUUACGCUCAGUACGCAUAUGAUUCUGUGUGGUUACUUGCUCGAGCUCUUGAUAUAUUCUUCAACGAGGGUGGAGUUGUGAGUUUUUCUGAUGACCCCAAAUUGCAAGAUACCAAUGGAAGUUCCCUGAAUCUAACAGGACUUCGAAUUUUCGAUCAAGGCUCGGAGUUACUUCAGAUACUUACUGCAAUGGAUUUCACAGGUGUAAGUGGACAAAUUAAGUUUGAUACAGAUAAUAAUUUGAUUCAUCCAGCAUUCGACGUCAUUAACAUUGCGGGAACUGGGUUACGCAACCUUGGUUAUUGGUCAAAUUACUCAGGUUUCUCGAUUGAUGCUCCAGAAAUUUUAUAUACAAGUCUCCCCAACACUUCCACGAGUAAUCAACAUCUUUACGAUGUAAUAUGGCCAGGAGGAACUACAACAAAGCCUCGUGGAUGGGUGUUUCCCGAUAAUGGGAGGCCUUUGCGAAUUGCAGUACCUCAUCAGGUUACUUAUCCAGAAUUUGUGACUAAAGACGAAGGACCAUUAGGGGCCAAAGGAUAUUGCAUUGACGUUUUUGAAGCAGCCAUACAAUUGUUGCCUUAUCCUGUUCCUCAUCAAUACAUCUUGUAUGGUGAUGGUAGAAGAAACCCUUCAUAUAACAGCCUUGUGGAAGGCGUUGCUCAAAAUAAAUAUGAUGCAGUUGUUGGGGAUGUUACUAUUACAACAAAUAGGACAAGAAUUGUGGACUUUACGCAGCCUUACAUGGAAUCAGGGCUUGUUGUAGUGGUUCCUGUCAAAGAGAUUAAAUCCAGUCCAUGGGCAUUCCUCAAGCCAUUUUCUUGGCAAAUGUGGUGCCUAACUGGGUUAUUUUUUCUUUUCGUGGGAUCUGUCGUUUGGAUUCUUGAGCACCGAACGAAUCCUGAAUUUCGAGGUCCUCCACGGCAACAGCUCAUAACAGUCUUUUGGUUUAGUUUCUCAACAAUGUUUUUUUCACAUAAAGAAAACACCAUAAGCACUCUGGGACGUUUGGUGUUGAUAUUGUGGCUUUUUGUGGUGUUAAUUAUCAAUUCAAGCUAUACAGCUAGUUUGACAUCAAUUCUCACAGUGCAGCAGUUGACUUCACGAAUUCAAGGGAUUGACAGUCUGAUAACCAGUUAUGAUCCAAUAGGGAUCCAAGAUGGAUCGUUUGCAUAUAAUUAUCUUAUCGAUGAGUUGAACAUUGCAGAGUCGAGGCUUCGAAUAUUGAAAACCCAAGAUGACUACGUUAAUGCCCUUCAGCUAGGUCCAAAUCGUGGUGGGGUUGCUGCCAUUGUUGAUGAGCUUCCUUAUAUUGAGCUAUUCUUGGCCAACACGAAGUGCAUAUUCAGUAUUGUGGGACAAGAGUUUACUAAAAAAGGAUGGGGAUUUGCAUUUCAACAGGAUUCUCCAUUGGUGAUUGAUCUGUCAACUGCGAUCCUUCAACUUUCAGAAAAUGGAGAGCUUCAGAGAAUCCAUGAUAAAUGGCUGACGCAAAAUGAAUGCUCUGUGCAAGCCAAGCAAGGUUUAUGGGCAGUACAAUAGAUAUAGUGGAGACAUGGAGCAACAAGACAUCGAGGAAGCUGAACCUGCAACAACACGUCCUAGUAGACGCAUCCUUGCCACCAAGAGCUUCAAGGACCUGAUUGAUUUUGUCGAUAAGAAAGAAGUUGAAAUUAAGGAGAUUCUUAGAAGGAAGAAUAGUGAUUUGAAGAGUCAACUGAGUCAAGUAUCUGAUGGACAAUAUGACUCGCCACC